UAGGUUGUUUGGGUGAUGUGGCAUUAUGGCUGCAUUUUGACAAAAUUUUGGUAGGAUAGGACCAUUGCAUCAGGUGGAAACAGUGUCUGCUUUUUUCAGAAAAUUUCUUGAUUUUGACGAGUUUGAACAAAAACAUGAUGAAAUAUGUUCAGUUUAUGUAAACCAUUUAUAAAACUUGUGUUAAUAGAGAAAUUAACAAAAAUGGGACCAAAUAAAAAGUGGAAAACUGAUCUUCAUCCACACCGUGUCAUGAAUUACAGUCAAAGAAGACCACUUUAUUUGAUGAAAUCCCCUCUGUCAAACAUCAGUUCAAGUAAACUGCCAACUAAUGGAACAGUACUAAGUUACUUCCAGUAUGUAAUCAGCGGCAAAAGUGUCAGGUUUAAAUCUACAAGAAACAACUUUUCCUGUUCCAUAGCUAGGAAUACAUCUGACAUGAUCUGUAAAUGUUCUGAUGGACCCUGCAAUGAAGCUACUGGAGAAGAAUGUGUGCUUAGGAAGAUUGUAACCAUCUGGGUAUCUUGCGGAUUUGGAAGUUAAAUCAUCACAGAGCAGUCAAUUAAGAUUACGUUUGAGAAAUUACACAAACAUUGGAAUAAUCUUAGGAAGGUACAAAAUAUUCUGAAGAAGAGAACAACCAAGCCAGCACAUGAAGUUAAUAUUCAAAAGUUUAUGGAUAUGAUGAAUGGGUUGUUUGAUAUUGCCUCGCCCAACUUUGAACAAAUGCUGAGAAAUGAUAAGUCUAUGCCAAGAUCCAAGGAGAGUAUCAUGGAGGAUAUGCAGUUUUUGCAGGAUCAAAGAUCUCCUCGGAAAAUGGGGAUAAGCCAUCAAUGUGAUAUGGAGAUUGAGGAAGUUAUCAAGAGAAGAACUGAGAAGUAUAGGAGGCAUGAUGAGUAUAGAAAGAAGAUUGCCGCAGAAGGUUUCUGUGAUCCGUUCCCAGAUGAAGCCAAUGAUAUCUUAUAUGAUCCUGCCCCAGUUAAUAAAGGUUUGUCACUGCAAGAAGCAAAGUCACCAUUCGAUGAUGAUGAUAGUGAUGAUUCUGACAUCAAUGAUCAUAAUGUAACCCAAACAUUUGUAUCAGAAGUCAACCUAGCAGGUCCUUCAAAUACAUCUAUUUCAGAAAGAGAAGAAUUGAGAAAGGUUCAACUCUAGUUACAGUUGAGAAAGAUAUCUCACUAGAAGGACUAGUGGAGGCAACAACAUCCCUCAGCGUAAGAAGUGGGCUAAGCUAUAGAGACCAAACAAUGUUUCUUGCAUCAAUAGUUAAUUAUCUUGAUAUCCCUCUCAAACAAG